GCGAUCAAAAGGGGUUUGGAUAUUGGACGGCAUAGAUUUUCCAGCCAGGGACACCUGGAUUCAUGAUAACCUCCCUUUCAACUUCAUUAAUUUCCUUUAAAUGCUUAAAAAGAUGCCAUUUUUAAUUCCUGGGGGAGUGGAGAGGCUAUUUUAAUCUGCCUCUUCCCUUGAUAACAUGCCUGUUUCUCUGUCUUUGGCUUAGUUGAGGUUACAAUUCUGGACUCUGAUACACACUGAUAGAUGAUGCUUGUUGAGAAGCUAUUUCUCUGGAAGGAAACUCUGAAAUAGUGAAAGCCAUAGCAUAUGUUGAAGUUGGUACCUUGUGGCCUUUUGGGUUUUUGGUGUUUUUGAAGGUUCUGGGGGUGUUGGGUAGUACUGGCUUUUGUUGCUCAAAGUUGGAUUUUUUUUUUUUUUUUAAAUUGUACUGGGUAUAUUUUAUUGUGGAUAGCUUUUGGAAUAUUGAUGGUCAUGGAUCAACAGUUAACAGGAUUAUAUGGUUCUGUCAGUGGCUUAAAACUCAACGAUGAGAACCUUUCUGUUUUAUCAGGUCAGAAUCUCGUUAAUGGUUUAAAAUUGGAUGACUCUUUUGUCAACCAAAACUAUGCCAACAUUCCUCCUUUGCCUCCUGAUCUAACUUUAGUCCCUAGUAAUUCAGUCUUGUCUUUGACUAAGAGCCAAGAUGGGGAUUCACAUGAGGAUUUUGAUUUCAGUGACGUGGUUCUGAAGUACAUUAAUGAGAUGCUUAUGGAAGAAGAUAUAGAAGAGAAAACUUGUAUGUUUCAGGAAUCUUCAGCAGCACUUCAAGCUGCUGAGAAAUCUUUGUAUGAGCUUAUUGGAGAGAAGUAUCCUCCUUCGCCCAAUUGUGACUCAGUGCCUUGUUUAGAUCAAAGCCCCAAAAGUUCAUAUCGAAAUCUUGACUCUAAUUACUUUAAUUAUCCAGGCAGUUCAAGCAGCUCUAGUGGUAGUAACUUAGUAGAUCCUGGAUUGAACUGUGAUCUGCAUGAGUACAAGUCCUUGAGAUAUGCUUCUCAAUCAGGUUCCCAGUCAUCUCAUAGCUCUGGGAACAGCACAAGUGCUGUUGUUGAUGGUUUUGCGGAUUCUCCAGUGAGUACAAUUUCUGAGAUGUUUAGUGACAGUGAGUCUAUUAUGCAGUUUAAGAAAGGGUUUAAGGAAGCCAGUAGGUUCAUUCCUAAUGGUAGUCUGUUUACUGAUUUGAAGAGUAAUGGGUUGUUUCUUAAAGAUUUGAAUGAAGAGUCUAAGGAUCUGGCAGUGAAAGCUGUGGAGAAGCAGGAGAUUGGGCACUUUCCAGAUGAUUCAAGGAAAAAGAAGAAUCCUUUUCCAGAGGAUUUGAAUUUAGAGGGAGGAAGGAGUAACAAGCAGUCUGCAGUUUAUGCUGAAUCAACUGUGAGUUCUGCAGAUUUUGACACAGUAUUGCUCAGCUGUGGACAAAGUGAAUCUGCACUUCGUGAAGCUUGGCAGAAUGGGAAAAGCAAGAAUGUGCAGCAGAGUGGACAAAUAAAAGGGACUAGUGGUGGAAAAGGUCGAGGUAAGAAACAGGGAAGUAAGAGGAAUGUGGUGGAUUUGAGAACUCUUUUGACCCUUUGUGCGCAAGCUGUUGCAGCAGAUGAUCGUAGGAAUGCAAAUGAUCUGUUGAAGCAAAUCAGACAGAAUUCUUCUCCUACAGGUGAUGGGAUGCAGAGAUUGGCCCACAUUUUUGCUGAUGGCCUUGAGGCACGCAUGGCUGGCUCGGGAAUCCAGAUUUACAAGGCAUUUAUGAGCAAGCAUACGUCAGCUGCCGAUGUCUUGAAAGCCUACCAUCUGUUUCUUGCGGCAUGCCCAUUUAGGAAACUGUCCAAUUUCUUCUCAAAUAAAACCAUUAUGAAUGUAGCUCAAAAUGCAACAAAACUACAUAUUGUUGAUAUUGGUAUUCUUUAUGGUUUCCAAUGGCCUUGCCUUAUUCGGCAUCUCUCAUCUAGGCAAGGUGGACCUCCCAAGCUUCGAAUCACGGGGAUUGAUUUUCCACAUCCAGGUUUCCGACCAGCAGUAAGGGUUGAGGAGACAGGACACCGCCUGUCAAACUAUGCAAAAACUUUCAAUGUUCCAUUUGAGUUCAAUGCAAUAGCACAGAAGUGGGACACGAUCAAAAUUGAGGAUCUCAAGAUUGGUAGAGAUGAGGUUCUUGUAGUGAACUGUGUGUUGCGAUUAAGAAACUUACUUGAUGAGACUGUGGUGGUGGAGAGUCCAAGAAAUAUUGUUCUCAAUCUGAUCAGGAAGAUGAACCCAGAUGUCUUCAUAACCGGGAUAGUGAAUGGAGCAUAUAGCGCUCCAUUCUUUAUCACGCGAUUCCGAGAGGCUCUCUUCCACUAUUCAACUCUCUUUGAUAUGCUGGAGGCUAUUGUGCCUCGUGAAAUCCCAGAGAGGAUGCUGAUUGAGAGGGAUAUUUUUGGAUGGGAGGCAAUGAAUGUCAUUGCAUGUGAAGGUGCUGAGAGAAUUGAGAGGCCAGAGACAUACAAGCAAUGGCAGGUUCGGGCUUUAAGGGCUGGGUUUAGGCAGCUUCCUUUGAACCAGGAGAUCUUUGCAGAAGCAAAGGAGAAGGUAAAUGAACUAUACCAUAAGGAUUUUGUGAUUGAUGAAGAUAAUCAGUGGUUGCUUCAAGGAUGGAAGGGUCGGAUUGUUUAUGCACUCGCUUCGUGGAAGCCUGAUUAUUAAGUGUCCUCCGUUCCAUAUUGAUAUGCAGGAUCAUAAGUUUCUAUUUGUGGUCUAUUUCCUGCCCUUGUGCAGUGAUGGUUUCUAUCAUGGAUUUCUGAUCAAUGAAUUUAAGAUAAAAGUUCUCUCUUCCUUGCCCUGCCAUCGGUAUUCUAGUUAUGGGCUUAUGAACUUGAAAUUGAUAACUGUUUUACAUAUUUGCUGAGCAGGAAAUCUGGAGUGGAAUUUUGGCUGCUGCUAAUAUGAUGCAAUUACAAUGGCAAUUUUUUACUUGCAUGUAGCAACUGCAACUGUCAAUUCGACAAGGAGAAAGAUUCAUUUAAUGUCCAUGGCACCUGACCAAUCUUAUAUCUUGAGUGGGAAUCGUUUUAAAACUGUGAUGCUGGAAAAAGAAAAGAGAAGGGGAAAGGAAAAUGAUACCUGAUCACUAUUUCAAGGUUUCAAGAAAAGCAUAUCUAAACUAGUUAUUAUAUUUAGGUUAGCUGCAGUGUUUUAUAGGAUUUUAUAAUGAUUUGAGGAUCCUCUAAAUUAGAGCCUUAGCCUUGUAUGGGAUUUAAGCUGUCUCUAUAUAUAUUGCUCUCUAAAUAUGUAUUCUUUUUUUUAUCCUAUCAAUUUUAUCAAUGUUACCCUUA